UCCACAAUUGAGGCAACAGCCUUCAAUACACAUGGGCAGGAGAGGACUUCGAUGGAAGAGACGGAGGGGAAAGACCUGCGAGGGCCCCGUGUCCCUCUAUCUUACCUUCUUGGACCAACACUCCGCCACCGUUGGCUGCUAGCGGGCAAGGCUUUCUGGCCGCUCAACUGACCCACUCCCGAAGACCAGCCUGCUGCGGAGGCAGCCCGCGGCCAGUCUGUCAAAGCCGGAAGAUGGUCAGUGUUAGUCCGGCAUCUGCCGCGACCGAUUACCAACAUCCUCUAUCCUGUAUCCCGCACUCGAUCUUUGCAUUUCCUUUCUGCGGCCUGUUCGCGCUUCGGCACGCAUUGUCCCGUACCACCCAUCUCCCUCGUUCCCCAACCCUCUCACUCAGCCAACACAAACGGAUUGGCAUCCGUGGCUACUUUUUGGACUCUGAAUUGCCACGACCACGAGAUGAUCACAUGGACAAGCCCAUCCCACUGAUCUACCUCCACCGACCUCCACUCGAUACGAUCGCUACGGCUGUCUCCGACUUGAGCUCGUCUCGCUUGAACAGCCCACAAGUGCAAGUACCUCAUUCUCGAGAGCGAUUCCGCGCAGCCUCUCCCGGAUGUUGGAGCAUGGGGCCAGACGAAGUCUCAAUCAACGUGGAGGCGGCGUCAGCUGUAGUGACGAUGGCUGUCACCGACAGACGCGACCGGCAUCGACACGUUGUGGUCCUAAUCCGCGCUACCUCGGCCACCUGCUCUGUUGCACCACCUUCAUCUCUUCAGCUACACUGUAAAGGCCGUCAUUGUUAUCGUCGUAGGCUCUGCAUGCAUAGGUCGUUGUGACCGCCGUCGUUGUGUGUCAGGGUUGUGAGUUCAACUAGGUGGCGGACGCCUAUGACACAAUGACCAAACAACGGGACCAAAGUGAUGUCACGCUGGAUGCUGGACGCUGCCGUGUCUCCCUCUAGUGACCAUGAUCUCUCUCUUCUCCCUCUACUCUUCAUCCCUCCGCACAGCACUCACCAGAACAUACACUACCAUGGCCAAGGACGCGAUUGUCAAGUUCGAGAAGGGCGCGUCGUCCGCGGACAAG